GGCGACCGUUUGAAAGAUGGCGGCUCCCACGCAGAAGAAUAACAAGCCGGGGAAACCUGGAGGAAAAGAGGCUCAGCCUCUGAUAAUCGCCAAAACUCCGGCUGAGGAACAGCGUCUGAAGUUGGAGAGGCUGAUGAGGAACCCGGACAAGCUUGCUCCCAUUCCCGACCGACCGAAAGAGUGGAACCCCCGGGCUCCUCCCGAGUUUGUCCGGGACGUGAUGGGCUCCAGCGCCGGGGCAGGCAGCGGGGAGUUCCACGUUUAUCGGCACCUCCGUCGCAGAGAAUAUCAGCGACAGGACUUUCUUGACAAAAUGGCAGAGAAGGUGAAAGAGGACCUGGACUACUUGGACAAAGUGGAGCAAAAUAAACAGGAAGCUGAAGAGCGGACGGCGAAGCGCAGGAAGAAGCGGGACAAGCUGAAGCAGAAGAAACUGAUGGCAAAGAAGGCGAAACUAGAGGCCCAAAACAAGAAAGAUGACGACGACAAAAGCUCAGACAGCAGUGAAGAAGAACAAGCAGAGGAGGAGAGAGAGGCUGAGGAUGAUGCUGAGGCUCCUAGCUUCGUCAUGGGAAAGAAAUGACCCCCCUAUGUCUUUACCAGGACAGGACUCUGGUGUUGAUGUUCCUUGGUGGUAAUGAAGCCAUGGAGAACCUACGUUUAAAUGCCACCCUAAAGAUUGUGAUACUUUUACAACUAUCAAUUAUCAAAAAUGAUGGCUUGCCUAGUUCAAUAGGCAGAAAACCACCGUGAGAGAAGGAUUUUAAGCACCCAAGGAAAUUGAAAUAGAAAAAUAUGUUGACCUGUUUUUCUUACAAUGAUCAGACUAAAGUGUUUAAUUCUCAUGUCUCUCUCAUGCUGUUGUCAUCAGGGGCUUUUUAAGUUUCCUAAGAUAUUUUCAGACUUCUGACGUGUAAUUACUAAGAUGGUGGAAAAUCCUUCACAUUUUAAGAAAUAAAAUGUUUUGAUAUGAAAGUACAUUUGGGUAUUUUG